GCUCUCCGGAGAGCAUCGAGCCCGGGAGCGCCACGGCCGCGGCCAGACGGCGGGAGCUAAGCUCGGCGAGCGGAGGCGGCGAGCGGCGCCCGCGCCGCAGCCCCGGCCUCGCGGAGAGCGCGAGUAUUUUUCAAACGACUCAAACUUUCCUCCUUUCCCCGCUUUCUGGGGUCUCUCUUGGCUGGAAUUGCUCUCCUGAUUCCCGCGGGGCGCCGGGGCGCGAUUCCUCCCCAGGCUCCCUCGGUGGCUCGGUUAACUUCCCGGACCUGGGGACCCGUGGCUCUCGCCCCUCGGCCGAACCCAGCCAGCGCUGCUCCCCCGCUCAGGAGGGCCGGGGCCGGGGCUCCUUCGCCUCCGGGAGGGCGCCCAACCUGGCCCCCCUGGGUCGGUCUUCUGAGACCCCAGCACCCGCCACAGGACUGGAGACAGCGGAUUAACCCCGAACGAAGCCCCGGCCUUCCAGUCCCCGCUCCGCGGAGGGGCGUCCCCUGGGCGGGGAAACGACAAGUUUGUCAGUCGUCGGUGGCCUGUUGGAUCGAAGAGUCCCCGCCGCCGCAGAGGGGUUCCUGGCGCCCAGCACACGGAGAAGACAGCCCUGGGGACCCGGGGCGGAUCGGCCGCCGGGCUCCUCGGGCCGGGGCGCUGGCUGCUGAGCCGGGCCCGCCAAGGCACCCGGGGCCGGGCCAGCGCCCCCUGCGUCCCCACGCGGGCAGCGGCCCCGCGGGAGGAGAAACCCGGGUCGCCGCCGCCGCCGCCACCGCCGCCUCCUCAGUCUCCUGGUCUCCGUUGCCGCCGCCGCCCCCUCCGUCACCUCUCGGGGGAAGGGGGGACGCAGGGGGCAUCGCGGGGCCCCGGCGGAUGCGCCCCCCGCCACCUCUCGGGUUGCGCCGCCUCGCGGGGAUGAAGCACCGGCCGUGAAGAUGGAGGUGACCUGCCUUCUACUUCUGGCGCUGAUCCCCUUCCACUGCCGGGGACAAGGAGUCUACGCUCCCGCCCAGGCUCAGAUUGUCCAUGCAGGCCAGGCGUGUGUGGUGAAGGAGGACAACAUCAGUGAGCGUGUCUACACCAUCCGGGAGGGGGACACCCUCAUGCUGCAGUGCCUCGUCACCGGGCACCCUCGGCCCCAGGUGCGCUGGACCAAGACGGCUGGCAGCGCCUCGGACAAGUUCCAGGAGACGUCGGUGUUCAAUGAGACGCUGCGCAUCGAGCGCAUUGCGCGCACACAGGGCGGCCGCUACUACUGCAAGGCCGAGAAUGGCGUGGGCGUGCCUGCGAUCAAAUCUAUCCGCGUGGACGUGCAGUACCUGGAUGAGCCCGUGCUGACGGUGCACCAGACAGUGAGCGAUGUUCGAGGCAACUUCUACCAGGAGAAGACGGUGUUCCUGCGCUGUACUGUCAACUCCAACCCGCCUGCCCGCUUCAUCUGGAAGCGGGGCUCUGACACCCUGUCUCACAGCCAGGACAAUGGGGUCGACAUCUAUGAGCCCCUCUACACCCAGGGGGAGACCAAGGUCCUGAAGCUGAAGAACCUGCGGCCCCAGGACUACGCCAGCUACACCUGCCAGGUGUCUGUACGCAACGUGUGUGGCAUCCCGGACAAGGCCAUCACCUUCCGGCUCACCAACACCACGGCACCACCAGCCCUGAAGCUGUCUGUGAAUGAAACUCUGGUGGUAAACCCGGGGGAGAAUGUGACCGUACAGUGUCUGCUGACAGGCGGUGAUCCCUUACCCCAGCUGCAGUGGUCCCAUGGGCCGGGCCCGCUGCCCCUGGGCGCUGUGGCCCAGAGUGGCACCCUCAGCAUCCCUUCAGUGCAGGCCCGGGACUCUGGCUACUACAACUGCACAGCCACCAACAAUGUGGGCAACCCUGCCAAGAAGACGGUCAACCUGCUGGUGCGAUCCAUGAAGAACGCUACAUUCCAGAUCACCCCAGAUGUGAUCAAAGAGAGUGAGAACAUACAGCUGGGACAGGACCUGAAGCUGUCAUGCCACGUGGAUGCGGUACCCCAGGAGAAGGUGACCUACCAGUGGUUCAAGAACGGCAAGCCGGCACGCAUGUCCAAGAGGCUGCUGGUGACCCGAAAUGACCCUGAGUUGCCUGCGGUCACGAGCAGCCUAGAGCUCAUUGACCUGCACUUCAGCGACUAUGGCACCUACCUGUGCGUGGCUUCCUUCCCAGGGGCACCCGUGCCUGACCUCAGCGUCGAGGUCAACAUCUCCUCUGAGACAGUGCCUCCCACCAUCAGCGUGCCCAAGGGAAGGGCCGUGGUCACAGUGCGGGAGGGCUCGCCCGCUGAGCUGCAGUGCGAGGUUCGAGGCAAGCCGCGGCCGCCGGUGCUCUGGUCCCGCGUGGACAAGGAGGCUGCGCUGCUGCCCUCGGGGCUGCCACUGGAGGAGACCCCGGACGGGAAGCUGCGGCUGGAGCACGUGAGCCGCGACAUGAGUGGGACCUACCGCUGCCAGACGGCUCGGUAUAAUGGUUUCAACGUGCGCCCCCGCGAGGCCCAGGUGCAGCUGAACGUGCAGUUCCCGCCGGAGGUGGAGCCCAGCUCCCAGGAUGUGCGCCAAGCGCUGGGCCGGCCCGUGCUGCUGCGCUGCUCGCUACUGCGGGGCAGCCCCCAGCGUAUCGCCUCGGCAGUGUGGCGCUUCAAAGGGCAGCUCCUGCCUUCGCCGCCUGCUGUCCCCGUCGCCGCCGAGGCCCCCGACCACUCUGAACUGCGCCUCGACGCCGUCACUCGCGACAGCAGCGGCAGCUACGAAUGCAGCAUCUCGAACGACGUGGGCUCUGCUACCUGCCUCUUUCAGGUCUCGGCCAAAGCCUACAGCCCGGAGUUUUACUUCGACACCCCCAACCCCACCCGCAGCCACAAGCUGUCCAAGAACUACUCCUAUGUGCUGCAGUGGACCCAGAGGGAGCCUGAUGCUGUGGACCCCCUGCUCAACUACAGACUCAGUGUCCGCCAGCUGAAUCAGCACAACGCCAUGGUGAAGGCCAUCCCAGUGCGGCGCGUAGAGAAGGGGCAGCUGCUGGAGUACAUCCUGACUGACCUCCGUGUGCCCCACAGCUAUGAGGUCCGCCUCACACCCUAUACCACCUUCGGGGCUGGGGACAUGGCCUCCCGCAUCAUUCACUACACAGAGCCCAUCAACUCUCCCAACCUGUCAGACAACACCUGCCACUUUGAAGAUGAGAAGAUCUGUGGCUACACCCAGGACCUGACAGACAACUUUGACUGGACACGGCAGAAUGCCCUCACCCAGAAUCCCAAGCGCUCCCCCAACACUGGUCCCCCCACUGACAUCAGUGGCACCCCUGAGGGCUACUACAUGUUCAUCGAGACAUCAAGGCCCCGGGAGCUGGGGGACCGAGCCCGUUUGGUGAGUCCCUUGUACAAUGCCAGUGCUAAGUUCUACUGCGUCUCCUUUUUCUACCACAUGUACGGGAAGCACAUCGGCUCCCUCAACCUCUUGGUGCGGUCCCGGAACAAAGGGGCCCUGGACACACACGCCUGGUCUCUUAGUGGCAAUAAGGGCAACGUGUGGCAGCAGGCGCACGUGCCCAUCAACCCCAGCGGGCCCUUCCAGAUUAUUUUUGAGGGGGUUCGAGGCUCUGGCUACCUGGGGGAUAUCGCCAUAGAUGACGUCACACUGAAGAAGGGAGAGUGUCCCCGGAAGCAGAUGGAUCCCAAUAAAGUGGUGGUGAUGCCGGGCAGUGGAGCCCCCCGCCAGCCCCACCCACAGCUCUGGGGGCCCAUGGUCAUCUUCCUCUUGGCAUUGCAGAGAUGAUGAGAGCUGCGUGGCCCCCCCACCCCGCCCCCGGCACACCAAAGUGUCCGCAUCGUACCAAAGACUGACCCCCGCCAGCCGGGGUGCCCAGGGGCAGGGCCGGCCUGCCAGGGAGGGGGCCUGCACUGGCUUCGAGGAUGAGCAGAAAACAAGGACAGAGGCCCCGCGCUGAGGCCCUGGAGACAGUCGUUCGACACACGCAUACACUCACUCACACACACACACAGAGAUAUAUUAAAGCACAAGUUUCUAUCUGACCUGCCAGCACCUUCUUUUCUGCGGAGACAAGGGACUCGCCAGAAUGGUGUCCGCCACCCCAGGGACCUCGGCGCCACGUGGGCCUUGUCCUGGCUGCACCUGUGGUGUGUUUCUGACCUUCCCUCAUUCCUCAGACCAUUGGCUUUACCAGAACGGAGCCAGAAGGGGAACCGACUCAGGAGCCCACCUUGGCUGGACUCUGGGACUCCCCGGGAUGGAGGAGGCCAGGGUCACAGGAGGCCAGGGGGUACCUGGUGAGCUCCAGCGGGCAGUGCAAGGGAGGCCAGACACCUGCUGCAUGCCCUCUGUUUUCAGGGCAAGGGCUGGAAGGUGGAGACCCCAGGUCACCUUGAUCCCUUGACCUGUUCUUGGAUGUCAUAUCCUCCCCGCACUGCACCCCCUUUGAAGGGACCCAGCACAGGGUUUUGGGCCUGGGCAGUCUGAAGACUGAUACCUUCCUUCUGCCCCAUCUAACCCCACCCCACCCAUAAGGAACUGGAUUCCCGAGAGCACAAUCCCCACCUUGGUCAGCAGGCCUAACCUUAGCACCCACCUGCCUCUCAAAGGAGUGGGGGUGGGGUGGUGGUGGUGGCCAGACAUUCCCCGGGGUGAGGCUUGACUUUGAGAGGAUUAGAGAAGAAGGCCUGUUUUUGCGAAUUCGUGCUCUCAUGGCAUUUGGGAGUAGAGUGGAGACUUCAUUUCUUCUAUACUUGGCAUGAAGGGGUGUGCUGGAUAGGAGGAUGUGUGUAAAGGGGGUACCCUCCUCCCCCUCCACUGCAAAGCACUGGCCCUUCCCUGCCCAGGGGCAGUGAAGGAGGGGUUUGCAGAACUGGGGCAGGGAGCGGGGCAGUGGCUGGCC